CGCCGGGCGCCGAGCGGUUGCCCAGGCGACGCCGUGUGUUGGGGCCGCACGCGCGCCGGGGGAUGGAGACCCAGCGCGGCUCUCCCCGGCCCGGGACUCCGGAGGCUCCGAGCAGCCGCGCGCCGCUGGACACUGCCUGGAGGGUCUCCUGACCGGCCGGUAUGAACCGCAAGAAGCUGCAGAAGCUGACGGACACCUUGACGAAGAACAGCAAGCACUUCAGUAAAUUUGAAGUGAAAAGUCUUAUAAAUCUUUUUCAUAACCUGGUGGGAGACAGAGCGGAACGGGCAGGUGUGACGCCUGGCUUAGAUCGCAAUGCGUUUCGAAACAUCCUGCAUAUGACAUUCGGAAUGACAGAUGACAUGAUCAUGGACAGAGUUUUUCGAGCUUUUGACAGAGACAAUGAUGGCUCUGUAAGUGUAUCAGAAUGGAUUUAUGGAUUAUCAGUGUUUCUUCGAGGAACUUUAGAAGAAAAAAUGAAAUAUUGCUUUGAAGUAUUUGAUCUGAAUGGUGAUGGAUUUAUUUCCAAGGAGGAAAUGUUCCACAUGCUGAAAAACAGCCUUCUGAAGCAGCCUUCUGAAGAAGACCCUGAUGAAGGAAUUAAAGACUUGGUUGAAAUAACACUGAAGAAAAUGGACCGGGACCAUGACGGGAAACUGUCUUUUGCUGACUAUGAAGGGGCAGUCCGGGAGGAGACCCUUCUGCUGGAAGCUUUUGGACCAUGCCUACCUGAUCCGAAGAGCCAGAUGGAAUUUGAAGCACAGGUAUUCAAAGAUCCAAACGAAUUCAAUGAAAUAUGAAUAUCUUAAUGUCUCUGUUGUCUCAAGCAAGUAGAAAAGGAGGUACAUGCAUUUUUUUUUACUAAUUUAGCUUAGAAAAAUGAUUUUGUGUUUGGGUGGAAAUUAGAUCAGGACUAUAUAUAAGUAUCUUUAAAUUUUGGUGAAGAUGUAAGUAAGAUUG